AUGACUAUAACUGCUAAGUCCAACAAAGCUGUGUCAUCAACCACGUCAACGAACAAGUCUGUUUGCAGUAAGACCAAGAAGUCUGAGGAGGAUGAUGAUGAAAACAGAACUGGUGGAUUGAAGUUGCUGAAGCGAGGAAUGGAAAUACGUGAAGCCCAAAUUGCAAAGCGAAAGGAGAAUAAAUAUCCUCAUCGUAUGUCACGCAAAGGUUAUGCAAAUUUAAUGGAAGAACUGUCUGAAAGUGUCCCUUUAGAAGAACUUGAUAGAACUACAAUGUGGAUCAAGGCUCGGCAAGAUAGGAAUGGCAACUUCAAACAGCCUGAGGUAGAGAAGAAAGCCGAAAAAAUUGAACAUUUAAGGAAAAGGGAGGCUGAAGGGGAAAUUGCCACAUCUGGGUCUGAUGAUGUGCUCACUCUUGCAUUGGGGAAUCCGGAGCAUAGAGGUAGGGUUAGAGAUGUUGGUGGCAAUGUCAAGCCCGAUUUAUAUUUCAACUUGCCAAAACGGCAAAAGAUGACUUUUGAACAGAGGACUAGGUUAUCGCUGAAGAAGAUACUAGAGGAGGAGAAGGAAGUUUUGUUAGCUAAGGAAAGAACUGCAUGGGAGGAGGAGAGGGAUAGAAAACUUGCUGAGGAGAGAGCUUAUUGGACUGAGAAGAUUGCGAAGCUGGAAGAGAAGGUCGAUGGGAAGGAGCUGCCUGUUGAGUCCCCCAAACCUGUCACAGUAGUUAAUGACCUUGGUUCAGGACAAGGGAGUUGUUCUCGCCAAGGGGAGAAGGCUGCACAUGAUAAUAUUGAAGCUGAGGUGAAGGGUGUGAAGAAGAAGUUGGUUUUAAGAGAUGAAGUGAGCAUCGAGGUUGAAGAGGAAAUUGUGCAGCCCAGUGAUGAGAGGGUACGGUUAAACCCGAUAUUGGAAGAGGAGGUUAGAGAAGAUGUCAUUGUACUAGAGGCACCAGUACAUGGUGAAGAGGAACAAGUAGGUGAGACCAAGUAUAAACUGGCCAUUGACACGGUGGAAAACAUUGUGGCUAUUGGAACUGUCAUCAGUGUCGACCUUGAGACCAAACAGCAAACAAUCCAUGGUGUUCCACUUGGAGAGGAGAAUUUGCGUGUCUCUAUCACAGAAACUGUUGUUCCUGAAGCUUUGCUGCCAUUUCCCAUAAAAGAUGAGAUAGUGAAGGUCAAGGAUGCCAUUGGGACUUGUGUCGCUUGGCCGAGGAACCUUGUUAUUGCCCCUGCACCUGGUGGGAAGGUAACUCGAUCAAUUUCUUUGUGUUUACUUCUGCAUAUGUGA